AUGAGAAAACAAUAUACCACACUACGCAGCGCAGCUUUUAAGGGUCACCUGGCGCUUGUAAAACGCUUGCUCGUCGUGGGCACUAGUAUAAAUGCAAGAAAUGCGCGCAAGCAUUCUCCCCGAAAUGCCAGCCCUUACUUUCUCUUCCUGCUGCAAUCUGGUGUGACCGCAGGGAAUGCGUCUAAGUGGACCCAACUGCACAUCGCAGCAUACAAUGGUCACUUGGACCCUGUAAAACACUUGCUCGCCGUGGGCGCUGAUGUGAACGCAACGGAUACGCAGAAGUGGACGCCAUUGCACCUCGCAGCAAACAAAGGUCACCUGGACGUUGUAAAACAAUUGCUCGCCGUGGGCGCUGAUGUAAACGCGAGGGAAGAAGAUCAUUGGACUCCACUGCACCUCGCAGCAGAGAACGGCCACUCGGAGGUUGUAGAACAACUGCUCGGAGUGGGCGCUGAUGUGAACGCAAGUAAUAAGCGAAAGGUAGGAAAAAAGCUCAAAUUUUCAUAGUU